UACUGGGCGUGGGGGGCCGGACAGGAAUCACUGGCCUCCGGGACACAGAGGGGACAGCUCAGGGGAGAGGAAGGGAGCCGCUUGCCAAGGGGAACAGCAAGGCCCCUUCUCUUCCUUCCUCCGCUCCAGAAAGGGAAGGCUUUCCUUCUGGGCAGUAGCCAGGGGCACAGGAAGACUGGGCUGGGAUCUCCGUCCUCCAGGACAGCCCGGGGACCACCGGGCAUGGUCUUCCUGCGUCUGGGCCUGCUGUGGUGACCUGGGGAUCCCCGAAGGCCCACAGUGACCACCUCCUCCUUCUCAGCCCACGGCCAGAUGCAUCCAGGCCAGACACAGAUCCUACGGCCUUCUUCCUUGGUGAUGUUGUGAUAGAGAAAACCAUAAAUUACUUGGUUGCAAUCCAGCUACUGCAAGGGAGAGGAAGCAGCCUGAGCCUUCGCUGCUGCAGCCCUGCCUCGGCCCCGGAGACCCGGCCACACCUCGGAGCCAUGGAUCAGGAGGCGGAGGAGUGGGAGCAAGUGUUCCAGGAGUUAAUUCAGGAGGUAAAACCAUGGCACAAGUGGACGCUUGUCACAGACAAGGACCUUCUUCCCAAUGUCCUCCAGCAGGGCUGGUCACAGUUCCAGCAGAGGACCUUUGCCAGGUUCCGUUGCUCCUCCUGCUUCCGCAGCUGGGCCUCCGCCCACGUCCAGGUUCUCUUCCACAUGCACUGGAGUGGGAAGAGGUGCAGGGGCCAGGUGAAGAUGAGGGUCUUCGCCCAGAGGUGCAAUAGGUGCACGCAGCCCCACUUUGAGGCUCCUGAGAUCAUGCUGGAGAACAUCAGGAGGACCCUGACCAACCUGGUGUUCCGCAUCCUGAAGAAAUGCUAUAAGGAGGGCUUUGAGACCAUGGAGGAGCUGCCCGCCAUCAAGGACACGAGCCUGGAAGGGCCGCACGACAGUCUCAACUGCGAGGCCUGUCUGCAGGGCUUCUGUGCCCAGAGUGGGGGGAGCCUGGCCCCGCAGCCAUCAGCGCCCCCCACGCUGUCCACCCGCUGCGAGGACACCGGGAUGUCCAGCGUCACUACCACUUAUAGCCACCGCUCCUGCUCACCACCCCCCAAGGUGGACAAGCUCCUUGUGUCAACAGUGACAGCCAAGGACCUGAACCCCCCCAAAGCUGAGUCCAAGGUCAGCCACACCCCAAAGCCAUCAGCUGCUCCAAGAUACCCAACUGAAGAAGUCUCACCCGGAUUAACAGUGACCCCCGAAGCCCCUCAUCCUCUCAAGACUGACCCCAAGGUCAGCCAGGCCUCAAAGCCAUCGAGUACUCUAAAAAUUCCAACCAAGGAGGUGUUACCCACAUUAACACUGACCCCCAAAUUCCCUAACCCCCCCAAAGCUGAGUCCAAGGUCAGCCACACCCCAAAGCCAUCAGCUGUUCCAAGAUACCCAACCGAAGAGGUCUCACCCAGAUUAACACUGACCCCCAAAUGCCCUAACCCCCCCAAAGCUGACCCCAAGGUCAGCCAUGCCCCAAAACCAUCAGCUGCUCCAAGAUACCCAACUGAAGAGGAGUCACUCGGAUUAACAGUGACCCCCGAAGUCCCCGGCCUCUCCAGCAGGGAGAGGGUUCUCACCUGGCUGGCCCCUUAUUCCACACACAGCAGAACAAUAACGAACACAGCAGCCCGGCACACCACGGUGACAAUAGAUGAGAUACCACCUUCAUCCCGCCAGCCUGCUCGGCCCACGUGGGACAGGGACCACUCCUCUUGGAACCAAAGAGGGCAUGCCAUUAGCAGGGUCCCAAUGUCCCAUUCCUGGCAUGAGCCUCAACAUUGCGAUUGCAGUUGCAGCCCCCGGAACUGCGGGUGCCUGUGCUGCUGCUGUAUCCUUCUAAUUCUAGCGGCAUGGUGGUGGCUUUGAAGCUCGCGUGGAGCCUGGCAGCAUGAUGCUUAGUGAGGAAAACACUGAGAGGCGAAGUCCUACGCUGCAGCACAGCUGCCCGCGGAUAGGAAGGGUUCCAAAACUCCAGACCGGAAAUGGGGGGUGGUUCUGGAGCCAGGGAGUCAGAAAGCAGCUACCUGAUCCAUCUGGGCUUGUCUUGGGGCAGGCGGGGAGUGGUUUGGAAGGACACUGAGGUGAUGGCUUCCCGAAUAUAAUCCCCGCAUCAAAGCCGUCAAUGUGUUCGUGUUAAAAUGGUCGAUUCUGCUGUGAUUUUCACCUCCAUUAAAAAAGAAAAAGACUCCAACA